GCGUGUGUGCGAGAGCGCGGAGCUGAGCGGCGGCCGGGUGCAGCCUGCAGCGCCCGGGGCCGGAGCGGGACCGAGCCCAGCGCCCGGGGCCGCUGCAGCGGAGCGGGGCCGCCCCGCCCCCCCCGACCAGGACCGACCCCCGUGCCCGCCCCCCCGGCGCAGCCUCCCGCAGCCGGCGCCCCGCGGGCGCAGCAGCCCGGCGCCCCCCGCGGCCGGCGGGGGAGGAUGGAAACACCCUUCUACCAUGACGAUGUGUUGAGCGGCUUCGGCAGCGGCUCGGCCCCGUCCCGCGGCAGCAGCAGCGGCCUCCCCCGGCCCUUCCCCGGCGGCAGCAUGAUGAAGAAGGACGCGCUCGGCCUCAGCGACCAGGUGGUGGCCACCCUGAAGGCGCCCGGCCAGGCGCUCCACCAGCUGCGGGGCGCGGCCGGCGGCGAGGGCCCGGCGCUGCUGAGCUCCGCCGAGCUGGGGCUGCUGAAGCUGGGCUCGCCCGAGCUCGAGCGGCUCAUCAUCCAGUCCAACGGGCUGGUGACCACCACGCCGACCAGCAGCCAGUUCCUCUACCCCAAGGUGGCGGCCAGCGAGGAGCAGGAGUUCGCCGAGGGCUUCGUCAAGGCGCUGGAGGAUCUGCACAAGCAGAACCAGCUGGGGGCGGGCGGCGGCGCCGUCGGGGGCCCGCCCGGGGACCUGCCCCCCGCCGCCAGCCUGGCCCAGCCGCCGCCGCCGCCCCCCGAGCCGCCGGUCUACGCCAACCUGAGCAGCUACCCCGGCACGACGGUGAACUACGCCACCGAGACCGUGCCCUACCCGCCGCCGCCCGGGCUGGGGGGCGCCCCGCCGCACCCGCGCCUCCAGCCGCCGCCGCUCAAGGACGAGCCGCAGAUCGUGCCCGAGGUGCCCAGCUUCGGCGAGAGCCCGCCGCUGUCGCCCAUCGACAUGGACACGCAGGAGCGCAUCAAGGCGGAGCGCAAGCGGCUGCGGAACCGCAUCGCCGCCUCCAAGUGCCGCAAGAGGAAGCUGGAGCGGAUCUCGCGGCUGGAGGAGAAGGUGAAGAGCCUCAAGAGCCAGAACACGGAGCUGGCCUCCACCGCCAGCCUCCUGCGCGAGCAGGUGGCGCAGCUCAAGCAGAAGGUGCUGAGCCACGUCAACAGCGGCUGCCAGCUCCUGCCGCAGCAGCACCAGGUGCCGGCCUACUGAGCCCGUGCCCGGGACUGAGCGCCGGGCUGGGCCGGGGGCUGUGCGUGCCCGGGCCCCGGGACUGAGCGCCGG